AUGGCCCUCGAACCCUACAAAGCCGACUUCCUCCGCGCAGCCCUCUCCGGCAACGCCCUCCGCUUCGGCACCUUCUCCUUGAAAUCCGGCCGACAAUCCCCCUACUUCUUCAACGCGGGCGACUUCUACCGGGCUGACCUACUCGAAGCCCUGGCCGUCGCCUACGCCAAAACAAUCCACACUUCGAACGUUAGCUUCGACGUCAUCUUCGGGCCCGCCUACAAGGGAAUCCCUCUCGCGACGGCGGCCACCCUGGCCCUCCGCCCCCUUGACCCGGAGCGCUACAACAAAAUCGAGUACAGCUUCGACCGCAAAGAAGCCAAGGACCACGGCGAGGGGGGAACCAUCGUGGGUGCGCCUUUGAAGGGGAGGAAAGUGUUGGUGGUGGACGAUGUAGUGUCGGCCGGGACUGCGAAGCGGGAGGCGAUUGCGAAGAUCCGGGCGCAGGGAGGCGAGGUGGUGGGGAUUGUUGUCGCGGUUGACCGACAGGAGACGCUUCCCGACCGCGAGGGAAGCGCGAUCGGGGAGUUGCGCAAGGAGUUUGGCAUCCCGAUUAUUGCGAUUCUAACGCUGGAGGAUAUCAUUGCCGGGGCGAGGGACGGGUUUGCUACUGAGGAUGAUUUAAAGCGGAUUCAGGAGUACAAGGCCAAAUACGGGGCUAGUGACUGA